ACCUCCACCCAAAAAACCCCCCCAAACCCUCGCCGCACCGCCGUCGAUCGCCGCGGCGGUCGCUGGGGGGCAAUGUCGCGCUGGAAGGAGAACGCCUCCCCUCUCCCCCUCCACCCCGGCGGCUCCUCCUCCCUCCUCCCCCGCAAGCGCCCUCCCCCAUCCCCGCCCCCUCCGCAGCCCCCGUGCCCGCCGCCGCGCCGCCCGCUCGCCGACGUCACCGGCAACGCCCUGCGGCAGCGGGGAUCCGGAGGGGGAGGAUGCGGGUACGGGUACAGCACCCCCGCCCCGAAGGCGCCCAGGCCCUCCUGCAGGUUCCUUCUCGACGACGACGAAGGCAUGGACGAGGCGUUCCUGCGGGAGGUGGACGCCAUUUGCGAGGAGCACGAGCGGUCCUCGGCCAGGAAGGAUAAGGAGGCCGGCGAAGCGCCGCCAUCGAUCCCCUCCGAACCGGAGAGCGGAGUGUCUGGAGAUGCAUUCCGGAAGGAGGAGAAUGCCAUUGGUGAGGAGGGUGAUGCUCAGCCUUUAGCCACGAGCCAGGAAGAAAUGGAGGAUGCGGAUGAAGAAGAAAUCUGUGAACUGUGGUUUGGUGAUGAUUCACUUCCACCGGCCAUUUCAAUUGCCACAGGGGGUGGAGAGUUGUUAGGUGUCAAGUGGCUAAAGGAACUUAGGAUGUUUUGUUUGCUUGGGCGGCAGUUUGAGGAUGCAUUCUGGAACAUCAGUGACAUUACUGAGGAGGUGCACCAUACAGGCUCUUCUGCCAAGUGCCAGGAGGAUAUGGACGGAAAAAAUAGCGAUGGUCCUUCAGUUCCCUCAGUAAUUUGCCAUGAAGAGCGGGAAGGAGAGCUUGUCGAUGCAUUCUUGGAGGAUCUUGAUGCUAUCCAUCAGGGUGAUGCUACCAAGGGCCAGGAGGAGCCACAGGAAACGGAACUAGAAAUUGAGGAAAAUGAAGGGUGUGUUCCAAAGAAGUACUACGAAUAUUUGCAGUCCCUGAAUGACAGGCAGAGGGAAGCUGCAUGUAGUGAUGUGACUAUUCCACUAAUGAUAGUUGCUGGUCCAGGAAGUGGAAAGACAUCAACAAUGGUUGGUCGGGUGCUCACACUGCUCAAAGAGGAAUUUCCACCAUCAAACAUUCUUGCUAUGACAUUCACAACUGCUGCUGCUUCUGAAAUGCGGGAUCGAAUUGGGACAGUGGUGGGGAAGGCAGUUGCCAAGGAGAUUGUAAUAAGCACAUUUCACUCAUUCUGCUUGCAGCUUUGCAGGACCCAUGCUGAAAAGCUAGGCCGCACAUCUGAAUUCAUAAUCUAUGGAAAUGGGCAGCAGAGGAGGGCUGUUAUUGAGGCAGAGCGUCUAUUGGAAAGUGACAAAAAUAAUGGUCUAGGAGAUGCAAAUAAGAAUUGCGAUGGAGAUAUUAAAAAUUCUUUCAAGGACAAAGCUAAGAAAUGGCAGAAGUUUGUUACACAGGCAAAAGCUUCUGGUAGGACUCCCGAGGAGUAUGAAAAGAAGGGGGAUUUGACAGGAGCUUCAAUUCUUCGGCACUACAAUGAAAUAUUAAGGUCUUGUAAUGCUCUUGAUUACCAUGAUUUUAUUAAUUCAUCGAUAACCCUUCUCACAAAGUUUCCUGAAGUAUACGACGAGUGCCGAAAUACAUGGCAGGCAAUAGUAGUUGAUGAGUUUCAGGAUACAAGUGCUAUGCAAUAUUAUCUUUUAAAGACACUAGCAUCCCACAACCGCAUAACUAUUGUUGGUGACGAAGAUCAGUCCAUCUUCAGUUUCAAUGGUGCUGAUGUCUCUGGCUUUGAUUCAUUUCGUAGAGAUUUUCCAAAUCACAAAGAGGUCAGAUUGAGCAAGAACUAUCGCUCUACACGGGCAAUUGUUGAAGCAGCAACAGCUUUAAUUCACAACAACACUAAACGGCAAAGCCACAAACUUGCUGAGACCGACAAUCCCUCUGGGAAUAAGAUCAUUGUUAAGGAGUGCCACAGUGAAGAUUCACAAUGUGCAUUUGUUAUUGACAAGAUUAUUGAAACCACAUCUAGUUCAGUUGAAGGAUGUCAUUUUGGCAAAAUUGCUGUCCUAUAUCGCAGACAGAUCACUGGCAAAGCAUUCCAGGCGUCAUUCCGCAACAGAAAAAUUCCUUUUAAUAUUCAUGGUGUGGCUUUCUACAGGAAAAAGGUUAUCAAAGCAAUUAUGGCCAUACUUAAAACUACAUUACCAGGCUGUGAUGAUGAUGCCCCAUGGCAUCAAGCCUUCAAGGCCAUUCUUCCUGGUGACAAGGAAGAAAAAAAGAAGAUUAUACAUCAUAUUGAAAAGAUUUCAUUGGCUAGAAAGUGUAGCUUCAUAUCGGCUGCUACUGACAUCUUCAGUGCAAAGGUCUCUGGUACCUUCAAAAGGGCCCAGAUUACUCAAGGAAGAAAGGUUUUAUCAGCCUUGGAUAGCCUAUCAAAACUUGUUGAAAGGGAACAAUCAGUUUCAGUGGUCAUUUCUUCUGCUGGAGAUAUGCUACCUCAGAAAUACCUACUUGAAAAGCGUGCGAUUGUUGAUGCUGAUGGGGGUAAAUUAUUAAAUGAAGAUAAUGACAUCAGAUCAGUCCUUCAGUUUUUAAUGGAUGAUGUGUCUGACUUCUUAUCAACACAUUUUUCUAGUUCAGUGGAUACAAGCAAGACUGAGGAGAAAGGCUGUGCUUCUACACUUAAAGCCUUUAUUGAUUAUAUCUCUUUGAGAGAAACUGAAAACUUCAGAUCACGAAAGGAGGAAAAUAAAAACUCUAUCACAUUAACAACUAUCCACCAGUCAAAAGGUUUAGAGUGGGAUGUUGUGUUUAUCGUGCAGGCAAAUGAUUCAGAAAUUCCUUUGUUGCAUGAGUACAAUGGCACUGUGAAAGAAGCUGGAAGCACACUGGAGGAGGAGAGAAGGCUAUUCUAUGUUGCAAUGACACGAGCUCGAAAGAAACUGUACAUCUUACAUGUCACGGUUGACUCUAAUCGCCAGCUGCUGCAACCUUCACGCUUCCUCAGGGAGAUUCCUGCUCACCUUCUUGAGGUACAGGGUGAGGGAACUGUGAGAAGAACUCCUGAACAGCCGGUGAACAUUCCAUUUGAUCAACCUGAAGGAGAUACAUCAGUUGAAAGGCCUAUGGUGGUACGGAAUGAAACUUCACCUUUCCCAGAAAUGGAUCAGCCAUGUCUUGCUAAUGAUUUCUUGAAGAGGUUUGAAAUUGAGGAUAGAGCAAUAAUUUCACAUAUAUUUCAUCAAUGGGCGAAGAAACAGGCAUUUCAAAAUCCAAAAAGGCUGCUUGAUAAGUUUUUUUUUUUUGUACAAGGAAAAUAUGGUCAGCAGCUCACUGGCGGACUGAAUGAAGUCGGUAGUAUCAGCAAAUUACAUUUAUGCCAUGUCUGUUGCUGUAUUAUUUUUGCUAGGAGUCAGGAUCUGAGACAUAUUGGUUUUGUUAUUGAUGAACGUUUACGAGGUAAAGGAUACAAGCGCAAGGAUGUAUUGUGCAAGCUGAAAUCAUUCUUAAGUGGUGAUGAAGCGUUUGGUUAUGCACAAUAUGUUAUCAAGUGGGAACAGAUUCCUAUCGACAAGCGGAGCCAUUUGAUGAGAGAGAGACAGGAACAUUUCCAAAAGCAGAGGAUAGAGAACUCCAUGGGUUCCUCAGAACCUACACCUAAGCAGAUAUCGUACCUCCGGAACCUGGGGUGCACCAUCACACCCACGUCUCGCCUGCACGCGUCGCAUCUUAUCGAGAAGUACAAAUCUCUAUGACUUUUCACUGCUUGAACCUGCAGGGGACACAUGAUUUCAAGCUCAGUCUCAGAAUUGGGACCAUAUAUACAGCAACGCUGGUGAAAGUUCCUCAUAUUAACUGUACAUGCUGUACAUAUCGAUGUACUUUUCCCGUGGACAUGGUGUGGUUAGAGCAAACGUCUUGUUACAUUACCAGGCUGUUCUUGGGCCACAAGGGCCAACCAAGAAACGAACCGGGCCUUCUCUUUGGGGAAUCUGGCUCGGCCCACAAAAUAACCAGCUAUGGGAGACUCAGUCACAUCCCUCAUGCAACGUACAUCCUCCGUCUUGUAAAAAAAAUAUCAACUUCUAGCUAUGUACUUUAUGGGAUGGAUUGAGUACGGGUUAUGUGAUCAUUGCCUCUUGUUUUUGCGAUGAUCCUUGUACGCUAGUGCCUAGUGGUAUAAAAUGAGCUUUGUAUAUAAUUUGGUCCAUUUUUUUUAAAAAAAUAAACCUGCAAUAAAACGUUUUCUAGAAA